ACACAGUUACACGACAACAUUGUUCUAAUUAAAUUGCAGCUUUAAGCUCUAUCUCUGUCUCUUCCCUUUUUUAAUUUUUUUUAUUCGGUUCUUUGUUUAUCAUCAAAGCAAAUCUAUCCCAGUUCCUUUUACAUCCAAUAAUGGCAACUCUCUCUGCUUACUCAUCGCCACCGUGGCCAAAUCCCGAUACUAACCCUGAAACCAAUCUCGUUAAUCCAGACGACGUCGUCGAAGGACUCGACUCGCCGCCACCUAACUCGCAAUCCUCCUACGAUUCACUUUCUUCAAUCAUGCCUCAAGAUCACUGCCUCCCCGAUCACUCUAACCCUAACCCUAAUUUCCACCCUCACCACCACCACGACUCAUCUCCGACCACCGCGCCUUCUUUGCCGCCGAUUAACCUACUUCAUCUAUCCUUCAAUCAGGAUUUCGGCUGUUUUGCUGCCGGUACGGACCAUGGAUUUCGAAUUUAUAACUGCGAUCCUUUUAGAGAGAUUUUCCGUCGUGACUUUGAUCAAGGGGUGAACGGCGGUGGCGGUGGAGUCGGUGUUGUUGAGAUGCUGUUCCGUUGUAAUAUCUUAGCUGUCGUUGGCGGAGGUUCCGACCCGCAAUAUCCGCCUAAUAAGGUGAUGAUUUGGGACGAUCAUCAGAGUCGAUGCAUUGGGGAGCUGUCGUUUAGGUCUGAGGUUCGAUCAGUGAAAUUAAGAAGGGAUAGGAUUAUUGUGAUUCUCGAACAGAAAAUUUUUGUUUAUAAUUUUGCAGAUUUGAAAUUGUUACAUCAGAUUGAGACCAUUGCGAACCCUAAAGGUCUUUGUGCUGUUUCACACGGUGCGAGUUCUUUGGUUUUGGUUUGCCCUGGACUGCAGAAAGGGCAAGUUAGGGUUGAACAUUAUGCGUCGAAAAGGACUAAGUUUAUAAUGGCUCAUGAUUCGAGGAUUUCGUGUUUUGCUCUUACUCAGGAUGGGCAGCUGUUGGCUACUUCUAGCACCAAGGGUACUCUUGUUAGAGUUUUUAAUACUGCUGAUGGGUCUCUCUUGCAGGAGGUAAGGAGGGGUGCAGAUAGAGCAGAAAUAUAUAGUCUGGCAUUCUCUUCAACUGCCCAGUGGCUAGCAGUCUCAAGUGACAAGGGCACUGUCCAUGUUUUCAACCUUAAGACAACUCCUGGAUCCCUAGGGACUGAUAGGUCACGGAACACUACUGACCCUAACGGUGGUGUUUCAACGCCCACUUCAUCCUUAUCUUUCUUUAAAGGUGUUUUACCCAAGUAUUUCAGCUCAGAGUGGUCAGUGGCUCAGUUUCGCUUGGUUGAGGGAUCACAGUACAUUGUUGCUUUUGGUCACCAAAAGAAUACAGUGGUAAUACUUGGAUUAGAUGGGAGCUUCUAUAGAUGUCAAUUUGACCCGGUGAAUGGCGGAGAGAUGACUCAAUUGGAAUACCACAAUUUCUUGAAGCCGCCGGAAGCAGCAGCCUUCUAAAAAGACAUCGACAUGUUUUAGUGCCUUGAGAAGGAGAUGUGUUUAUAUAAAGUAUUUUUCAGUUUUUCUUUUGGGGCAUUAUACUAAUUAAUUUUAUUUAGAUCCUGUAUCUCUAUUGUGAAUAUGUAAUUAUGGAUCUGUACAGUAUGUUUCAAGAGAGAAAAAAACAACAACAAAAAGGUGUUUAAUUUCUCUGUUUAUACUGUAAUUAAAUAGUAUCUAUUUGAAACCAUGACUGUUCUAUCAUUUA